GGCUGUUCCCGGGGAGGUUGUGAUGGGUUGACAGGUGCGUGACAGUCGGAGCUCUCUGCAGACAUGUAUGGCAAAGGCAAGAGCAACAUCAGCGUCCCGUCCGACAGUCAGGCCAGGGAGAAAUUAGCACUGUAUGUAUAUGAAUAUCUACUCCAUGUAGGAGCACAGAAAUCAGCCCAGACAUUUUUAUCAGAGAUAAGGUGGAAAAAAACCAUCACACUAGGGGAGCCCCCAGGAUUCUUGCACUCCUGGUGGUGUGUAUUUUGGGAUCUCUACUGUGCAGCUCCAGAAAGACGAGAAACAUGUGAAAAUUCAAGUGAAGCAAAAGCCUUUCAUGAAUAUAGUGCUGCAGCAGCUCCCAGUCCAGUGCUAGGAAACAUUCCCCCAGGAGAUGGCAUACCAGUAGGUCCUGUACCACCGGUUUUUUUUCAGCCUUUCAUGUCCCCUAGAUACCCUGGAGGUCCAAGGCCACCUUUAAGAAUACCCAAUCAGGCACUUGGAGGUGUCCCAGGAAGUCAGCCAUUAUUGCCCAGUGGGAUGGACCCAACACGGCAGCAAGGGCAUCCAAACAUGGGUGGGCCAAUGCAGAGAAUGACUCCUCCAAGAGGAAUGGUUUCUUUAGUACCACAGAUCCAGUAGUGCCAACUGAGGAUGUUACUGUGCCUAGCUGCUUUGGCUACUCACCAGUUACUGCCCUACAGUUCUGACAGAGUUGUUACUGUAAGCAUCCUCUAAUCUGUCAGGCAAAAUUAUCUAGGAUAACUCAGAUUAAACAGGUAGUUUGAGUUAAUCUGGCUGACUUUGGCCUGAGCAUGCACACCAAUAAGUCUGCCAGCAUUAUAAAAAAAGGCAGGAAUGAGUAGUACUUGAUGACUAGCCACUAUGAAUAAUACUAUCUUCAGAUGUCACAGUUGGAUCUAGAAGAAGACAUCGGUUUGCAGCCUUUGGACCUAUUAUUGCAAACCAGCUAUCUAUGGGACACUUUUGGGAGUUUCUAAUAAUGAAGGAAAUUAUAAGUGUGGGGGUUUUGUUUGCAACAACAGAACAACCUCUUGUAGUUCUAGAUCAGUUCCAGAUAACCGAUGUCUCGUAUCACUCAACAUAUAUACAGUACCAGGCCAAUACUUUGAAUCUUUGGAUUUCUCCCAGGUCUUCAUGACUUCAUUUUGACAUGGAUUUUUGAA